CCGAGGAGCAGUUCCUUUGCAUAAUCAUCUCCAGCGUGUCGCUGUGCUGUCUGUUCUCUGGAGGAUGUUGGAGCCGCGCAUUGUUGAGAUCUGUAUCUGACUCUUUUCUGAGAAAUUAUAUUGUCCUGUAGAUAAUAUUCACCGGGCUGCUCUGUGUUGUGUUGCAACAGAGCGCCGUGCGUGCGCUCAUCCUGUUCCACAAGACCAGUCUGCUUGAGACGGCUCAUCUGGCAGCAGGUGGUGUGACAUGUGUACCGGGGAAGUCACUCGCUUUUCCCCGUGAUUGUCAAUAAAUAGUUAGUUAAGGUUCUCGCUCCGGACAUUAGAGGUGAGAAAAGUGCGCGUCUGCCGCGGAUCUCAGUGACAAGCCAGUGACUCGGGAUGCUCGGCCAGUCUCCUCACCUUAUCGGAGGCAUCUUGUGGAUCCAGAAUCCAAUGAGAGCUGUUCACUGCAACCUGAGCCAGAAUGGCAUUGACCACCAGAUGUGCCCAGAGGACAUGACAUCACAGCUGGAGGAAGAGGAGGAGUCCGUGGAUGCCGGGGCUGUGCUGCUGGACGACGACAGCCCGAGCUACCAGGACAUCAGCCCCCCCAUGUACCAGCGCCGUUCGCCGCCGCACCGCUCCGUCUCUGAGUCUGAGCUGACACGGCCAGGAUAUGUGAAGCUGUCCAAGCCAGUGGCCCUGUGGACCCAACAGGAUGUGUGCAAAUGGCUGAAGAAACACUGUCCCAAUCAGCACCAGAUCUACAGCGAUUCCUUCAAACAGCACGACAUCACAGGGAGGGCUCUGAUGAGAUUGACAGACAGAAAGCUGGAGAGAAUGGGUAUCAUGCAGGAAGCCCAGAGGCAGCACAUCCUGCAGCAGGUCCUGCAGCUCCGUGUCCGGGAGGAAGUCAGGACCCUUCAACUUCUCACACAAGCCUCUCUGGAGUGCACUCCAUCUUCACCAUAGCCUGAUGGAGCAGGACAACCCAGUCACAAACAGACGCCCACCGCCUUGUCAACAUACAUCCAGACCUCCUGUAUGUGAUCCCCGGACCUCCUCCUGGACCAAUCACAGCUCUUCGUGUCACACCUUUGGUCUCCGUCCUCGACUCCUCCUAAGACCGAUACAGAAAAAAACCCAUGCCAUGUUCCCAGCCACUCCUGAAAAGCUCCCACAAGUUCUGACUUGUCGUUUCCUCACAGUCCAAACAAUUCUUCACAAGUUCCUGGAAACUGACCAACAGUUUCCAUUACAUGCAUCCCAUCUCCAGUCAUUUCUGACCUUUGCAGUAAAACUUCCACCAGACCUUUCAUGCUAUAACUCCUACUUUCCUCUCAGACAUCCCUUCAACUCUCCUUCAAGGUCGUCGCCAACAGCCAAGCCCUCCCAACGCUCACCUACCCAGAAUUCAACACUGGCUGCAAGCAACAAGAGCUUGGCUGGGUUUCCUCAAAGCAUUUAAACACCAGGAUAACUUCUGUACCAUUGCCUUUUGAUUGGACGAUAGUUUUAUAUAUGUGCUGGUUGGCUUUUAGGGAACUGAUCCCAGAACGACACCCCUACUCUUACAGCAAAGACCGACACCCAUAAUCCACUUCUUCAGACUGUCACUCAAACUCAAAGAAAGUCAUUUGGUCUGUUUGUGGCAUGUUUGCUCCUUCAUCAUAGCACUUUAAGGUGUAUUUUCUCCCAUGGGUACUCUUGUGGUGCACUGCUGAGGCGGGUUCCGCCCUGCUAAGGACUUUCUGUAGUGGCAACGUAAAGACAGUUCACAAGACCACUACUGUACACGUUUCCUUCCCUAAUUCUUCCUGCUUAUCUCCUCACAAAUUAUAUUCCAACAACUGCAAAAGGGUGACACAAUUUACACAACCAUGCCUGUGUUUUUGUGCUCUUUCUCUCUCUCAUUCUGUGCAUAGAUCCUGUAAACAGUGUUUUCAGCAACGCCUGGUGAAGUAUCUGUACCUGUCUAUCUUCCUCUCCUCACUUUUUGCCCUCUCAAUAUCGUGGAUUGCUCUCAUAGGAUAACCUGAGAGAACUUCAUUGUGAAAACAACCAACAGUUAGUAGGGGAAUAAACAUUGAACCUGGCAACACAUUAGGUACGGUUAAGUUGGCUCCCCGAGAUGAACAACAUCAUUGUGAAAAGCAAUCUGAAGGAGAUGGAGCAGAACCUGGAAAAAAAAAGGGAUGAACAGUUGGAAGGGAAAUUCCCUCGGUAUCCCUAAAAGCACUGUGCUAGUAGGUAAACUGAUUUGGUAACCCAAAAGGGGGUGGCUGAAAGAAAAAAGGAGCAAGCAAAGCAAAAGGGCUUGUGAACCAAUAGAUGCUCUGGCUUGAAAUUCUUUACGGGAUAAUAAGGAGCGAAAAAGAAGAAAAGACAUCACCGAUAACAGAAGAAGAGCCUUUUUCAUCUCCUCCCCUCUGUAUUGCUGACUCUUUAUUGCUUUGUCUGCUGUUCAUCUCAGUGCUUGGAACUAUUUUUAGAUGAGAAAUACUGAAAAUAGUGUAGAAAUGAGAUGUGCUGUGCGCAAAAGCUCAUCAUGGAAAUGUUGUCUGUCAGUCUAUUAGGAAGAUACAGUGUAUCCUAUUUAUCUCUGAUGGGAAACUCAAAUCUCUGCUGUCAAUGUGAAUAAUGGCCACUCACUGUUGAUAUUAUAGGUAUUUUAACUGCACUUAAAAAAGCACAUGUGUCUGUCGCAAAACAAAACAGUUGUUACAUGGACCAGUUUCAUCUACGCCUCUAUGUGUGUGUGAGUGUAAAUACAUUAUAAAAUCUUGUAGCCAGUAUAAUGACCUCUAAAUAUCAGCCACUGAUUUCAGUGUAGCAGGAGUGAUAUUUAUCAAAAGCUCAUAUCCAUACCGGUGUAGCAUGAGCUGUUGUCACGGUAACAACAUCUUUCCUCUCCUGGAUAGGAGCUGUCAAUCAGAGGAGCAUAAAAUAGCUGCUGCGAGUUUGAGAGGGAGGGAAAAAAAGGGGGGGUCAGCGUCGGCCCCUGAGAGCCAUUGCGUUUUAAUGGGAUUCCAUUUGUACACGGGUCCCUCUGUGUCCAGCCAUUCAUUGUUUGGAUAGCAGCCGUAGCCUAAUGCGGCAAAGGCCUGCAAGCAGAUUGAAUAGUAUUGAUCAGUUCUUCAGGACAUACAGUCGGUCCUCCAGGAUUACAAAAGCCUUGUGUGUGUGUGUGUGUGUGGAGGGUGGAGGGUGGAGGGAGGGUUCGCUGCCAUGCUGACAGUCACAUAGGAAUGGAGUUGUUCGGGCUAAAACACAAGUGGCUAUUUCACGGUCGGCUGGAGGUGCCGUGUCCAUGUCAGCCAAGACAGGAGGAAGAGGAGGGCUGAAGCUUCUGUUAAAGUUUGGAAUUCUUCACUCUUCGAUUUCGGAUUGGAAAAUUGUGAACUGGAAGAAAUGGUUUGCAGUGGUAAAAGGUUUCUUUAGUGUCAGGCCUGGUUUCAUUUAUGACCCUCGGCAGGAGUUACUGACUCUACGUUAUAAUCAUUCUCAUCAGUAUAAUGAAUUGAUAUUGAUGAUAUUGUUCAAAACAUUCAAUAUAACCUCUUAAUGGCAUGAAAGGAGUAGUUGCGCAUUUUGGGAAAUACGCUUUUUCUCUUCCUUUGCGAGAGGUAGAUGAGAAGAUUGAUACCACUUUGUGUUUUUCAUCUUCUGAUCCAACUCUCUGCAAGCAAAUAAGCGUACUUCCCCAAAUCUCAAACUAUGCCUUUAAGUUAAAUUCUAACUUUUGCUCGGAUAUGGUCAGAGGCAUAAAAAUUUGCACAUUAGAGCCUGACAAAACCAAUGUCCAUGAAUUCCCAAAAUCUGGUGGGGGGAAAAAAGAGCAAGAGGCUGAGUGCUUGUGAUCUUACAGUAUAUGAUCCACUUGCAUUGAAUUUCAUCAUAUUUUAGAUGGUGGCCCUGUAAAGAAAGUACGCUGUCUGUAUUUUAACUCAAUUGCAAUUCUGCACUUCAAUGUGACUGUAAUGGAUUACUGAAAGCCUUUGUAAUGAAAUAUAUUCCUUUUGCUCUCAAAGCAUCUUUGAAAUUAUUUUUUACAAAUUUAAUGCAGGGAGUCUUAACUUUCGGUCAAGACCCGAAUUUGCUUGCAGGCUCCACAGUACAUAACAAAUGUAGCAGUGUGUUUUAGUGAUCCAUAUCCUGAGCUGCAGCACUGUAAUAACUCCGGGUGUAGGCAAUAAAAUAUUCUUUAUUGUUACUCUCUAGAGAGUGUGUGUUCCCUACUAGCAGGGAUGGAAGCAAGAGAAUAGAUUUUCCUCCAGUGGCAUGAGGGAAAUUUUCCACAGUGUAUUUGGCUCUGAUAUCCAGGUAUAACCAGCUCUCGAUCUGGCAACUGUGCCAAGAUGUCCGAGGACAUGCCCGAACUGGCUCAGCCCGUAGUCUCCCAGUACCUGUGAGAGGUUUUGGCACGCAUGCAUAGAUGCUGAUACACAGUGCACUGUUACACAAGAGAAAGCCAGACUAAACCUCACACAACGUUAUUGCACAAUAACUUCACACAUGCUGGCACACACGAAAAACUGCACACAAAUGCAGAUUUUGUGUGUAAAAUACACAAGCACACACAUACACACACACACACAGUGACACUAUGUACACACACAUUUCUUGACAAAUUAGCAGUUAACACAGUCACAGCCGCUCACACAUAUUAUAUUAGUUAUGCAUAAACAUGUAGAGGCAAACAUGUAAGCGACACCUCAAACAAAAUCUAAGAAGAGGACAAACAAAUCUGAGUUUUGUUUUGUUUUUUUUUUUCUGCCAUGUUGACAGCAUGUUUCGAUUCUGUUCUGAGUGUUUUUGUAACCAACAGGCAUGCAGACCAAGUCUCUACUCCCAGUCUAUCUACAUAUAAGGUGCCUAAUGAUGGAUAUUAAUGAUGAUAUUGAUAUCAUGAUGCGUA